UCGCCGUCUUUGAAGGUUUAUCGGAAGAGCUGCCUCUACGUGCUGGGUCGCAUUCAUUCUAUCAGAUGGACGACCGUAGUUCUGAGGAAUGUUUGGAUACUUUGACGUCUCUGUGGCAGGAAACGCAACAGUUUCUACAAGAGCUCAGUGAAUGUUUUGAUAGAGAUGUUCCAGCUCGCCUACUCAAAGAUUUGAACUCUUCUCUAAGUGCAAUGUUGCCGUUGAUUAUAUGUGAGGAAGGAGGCGCGGCUCCAGGUCCUUGUUUGCAGUAUGUCUUGAAAGAGAACAUGUUGGAGACUCUGUACAAAGCUAGUGUUAGAUCUGCUUCUGAAGAAAUCAAGCGGAUGCUGUUAAGACUGUAUCAGUUAUGGUUGGGAAAGUCAAGCCAAUGUUUGCUAAUACACGACCAAAUCGUUCGGCCUCUCAAACGAUUGCUGCACUCGUGUGCUAGACAGCACCAGGAAAAGGGGACUGGACAUACAGUGGACUUGGCUCUUGUUAACUUGCUUUUGGAGUUGUGUGAGGUUGUGAACAGAGACCAUUCACUUGUUGACUUGUUCUUUUUGGAUACUUCUCCUGACAUUGGACAUAGCAAGUUCACCCUUUUCUCUUUUUUGUUGCCAUAUAUUCACGAUGAAGACCCACUGGGGACGAGUGCACGAGAUGGCAUUAUGAUUCUUUUAGGAAUUUCAACUUCACAUCCACGAUUGCUGCGAUAUGUGACAGAAAACUCAAAUUUCUGCACGGUUUUGGUUGGUGGCAUGGCGGGUUUGUAUUCUGCUCUACCAACUGGUCUUCCACAGGUGAUAGGGGAUGACUGGCAUCACUUGGACAGAAAUUUAUGGACUCAAAUUCCACAAGUUGUAAAUUUUGUCAACUCUCUGAGUUUUGUCAAUUCAGUUGUGCAGGUGUCAAUUCCAGGUGUGACACAGACAGUGUUGUCUCUGAUGCAUGACCUGUUUCUGGUUCAAGUGAUGGCUCCUGCCUUUCAUCAACCAAAUACUUAUGGUCGAAUUUCAGUCACUGCAUAUUUCUCUUUAUUUAUUGAGCAAAUAACAGAGCCACUGCUAUUGAGAGAAUUCGUACAAUUUAUCACAAAGUCAGUAUAUAAUGGUAAGGUCGUCAUGGACACUAUAAUCAAGCAGUUGAAAUAUGACAGCAACAAGCAGCUGUGUGCUGUAUCUCUUUCCCUUUUUCAAACCUUAAUUGAUCUUCACUGUGAAGAGGUUAUGUUGCAACUAGUAUUCAACUAUUUGUUGCCUUGUGAUCAUAUAGUCCCAAGUGAACGACAUUGUGUUGGAGAGGUGGAUACAAGUAAGAAGGCUGCUGAGAAGUUUCUUUCUCUUAUCCCGGAUUGCUGCGUUCGAGCUGAGCAACUCUACAAUCAGUCAGAAGAGAAAGUGUUCACUCCUGCAAGCAGUCCACCAGAAAGUCUUCGGUCUUCACCUGUUCCGACUCUGCAUGGCUCACCACGUGUUGAAAGAUGUAAUCUACCAACAAACACAUCAUUGUUAGAGUCAGUGAAUAUGUCUGUUGUUCCCACAUUCAAUCCAGUAGAGGUGAGUUAUUACAAGUAUGUGGUUGAUGCCCGUGCAAAGUUGAGAAGGUGUGCUUCUGGAUGCUUUUCUUGGUCUCAUGUGUAUGACAAGCCUCUGGAUCACAGAAGGGACCAUACGGUCAUGGAAACAACAGAUGGUUUUCCACGCACUGCACUCUUUCUGUGUACAGUUAUUGAUAAAGUGAGCGACAUGCUGUCUCAUCCACAUCACGUCAAUCUUCUUCUUACUGGUCUUAUUACUCAGUUGUCUCUCUUUCCUCAGCCACUGCUUACUUCAUUUCUGCUCAGUCCAAAUCUCAAGGUGAAACCUCGUGUUCCAAAUUUGAUCCAAGUCUUGACAGAAAUCAAAGCUCAAAUUGAUGAGUUGAGUGAAAUCACUGAUGGACUGGAUGUAAAGAUUGCAAGAGCAAGGAAGACACUUAUUUUUCGAGAACUCAAUAAUGAUAGUUUGCAUGUGAAAGUUCCCCAGAGUCAAUCCAUAAAUGGUGAGAGAGAGUGGUCAAGGCCACGAAAGAAAAUCACCACAUCCAGGCUGUUUGCUAUUGUUGUGUAUCAUGAAUUCUUGAAAGAAUUAGCUGCUAUAGCUGAAGAACAAGCAUCUGGAUUUAGUUUCUAAUGCAAAUGUCAAUGUCAAAGUGUUAAUUAUUUAUUAAUAUAUAUGAAUAGAGAAACAGUUGCUGUGUAUAU